AUGGCUAAAGGCACUGAUAGAAAGGAUGCGCCUAGCAAAGAUCGUUUGGGUAAGAAGAGAUCAGUGAAUAAGCGAAAUGCAGAGGAAGUAUCUGAUGUUGAAGACGACGAAUUAAUGGUUGAUGGAUUAAUCGACGAUGAGGCAGAUGAUUCCGAUGAGGAGGAUGAUGAGGAAUACGACGACGAAAAUGAUGGCGAGGAGUUUGAAUCUGCGGAAGAAGACAUCGAUGAAGAGAAAGGUGCUGAAGAUGACGACUCUGACGCAGAAUUCAACAAAAUCUUAGCUGAGGAGGGUUCCGACGCAGAAUACAGUUCCUUAGAGUCUUCUGAUGACAAUGACACUUCUUCCAUGGCAGACAAACUGUCCAAUAUGAGACUGAAGACAAUUGCUGACCCAGAAGACGUUGUUCACACCAAAUUUUCAGAUGGUAGACCUAGAAUUAUUAAGCCGGAAAUUAACCCGGUGUAUGACAGUGACGAUAGUGAUGCUGAAACUAAAAACACUAUCGGAAAUAUUCCUCUUUCUGCUUAUGAUGAAAUGCCUCAUAUAGGUUAUGAUAUCAACGGUAAGAGAAUCAUGAGACCUGCUAGGGGAUCGGCUCUUGAUCAGCUUUUGGAAUCUAUCGAUCUACCUGAGGGUUGGACUGGUUUACUAGACAAAAACACCGGUUCAAGUUUGAAUUUGAGCCAAGAGGAAUUGGAGUUGAUAUCUAAAAUCCAAAAGAACGAACGUACUGAAGACUCUGUAGACCCUUAUGAGCCAUUGAUUGACUGGUUCACUAGAGAUCCCGAAGUAAUGCCUGUCACAGCUACACCGGAACCUAAAAGGAGAUUUGUGCCAUCGAAAAAUGAAGCUAAAAGAGUUAUGAAGAUAGUAAGAGCAAUCAGAGAAGGUCGCAUUAUUCCUCCUAAGAAACUGAAAGAACUUAAAGAACAAGAAGAGAAAUAUAACUACGAUUUGUGGGGUGAUUCAACCGAAUCAAAUGAUCACAUAAUGCAUCUUAGAGCACCAAAACUACCACCACCAACUAAUGAUGAAAGUUACAAUCCUCCCGAGGAAUAUUUGUUAACUGAAGAGGAGAAGGCUGAAUGGGAAAAUAUGGAUCCUGCAGACCGUGAAAGAGGCUUUGUCCCACAAAAAUACGGUUCCUUGAGAAAGGUUCCGGGUUAUGGUGAAUCAGUUCGAGAGCGCUUUGAAAGAUCUCUAGAUCUGUAUCUCGCACCAAGGGCCAGAAAGAACAAAUUGAACAUUGACCCAGAGUCUUUGAUACCAGAACUUCCUUCACCAAAGGAUUUGAGACCAUUUCCUAUUCGUUGUUCCACUAUUUAUCAUGGUCAUCAGGGUAAGAUCAGAACCCUAUCUAUUGACCCUAGUGGGUUGUGGUUGGCUACAGGAUCUGAUGAUGGUACGGUGAGAGUUUGGGAAAUUUUAACUGGAAGAGAGGUCUACAAAGUUCAACUCGUGGACCCAAGCAACAAAGAUGAUUUCGUCAAUGUUGUCGAGUGGCAUCCAGAUGCCGACCUGGGUAUUUUGUCGGUAGGUGUCGGAGAGGAUAUUUUCCUAAUUGUUCCACCCAUCUUUGGAUUUGAAAUCGAAAACAAUGGUAGAACUAAAAUCGAAAAUGGUUUUGGUUUUGAUACUUUUGGCAAUGUUAAGAAAUCUGAUCUUAAUGUUAAUAGUGAUGACGAGGAUAACCACGAUGAACAAACCGCGGUCAAGAGUCAAGUUGCUCAAUGGAAUAAGCCGACUGAAAGGCAAGCUGAGAAAGAUAUUGCGGUGGUUAUCACUUGCCGUUAUACUGUUAAAAAGCUUUCAUGGCAUAGAAAAGGUGACUACUUCGUCACUGUUCAACCCAAAUCAGGUCAUAGCUCUGUGUUGAUUCACCAACUGUCCAAGCAUUUGUCCCAAUCUCCCUUCAAAAAAUCCAAGGGUAUUGUUAUGGACGCGAAGUUUCACCCAUUCAAGCCACAGCUAUUUGUAUGCUCACAAAGAUAUAUUAGGAUUUAUGACCUAUCACAACAGACUCUAGUAAAGAAACUACAGCCAGGGGCCCGCUGGUUAUCAACGAUUGAUAUACAUCCUAGAGGUGACAAUUUACUUGCAUCAUCUUUCGAUAAGAGAGUAUUGUGGCAUGAUUUAGACCUCGCUAGCACUCCUUAUAAGACUUUAAGAUAUCAUGAAAAGGCGGUAAGAAAAGUUAGCUUCCAUAAAGGUUUACCUCUUUUCUGCUCCGCUGCUGAUGACGGCACAGUUCAUAUAUUCCACGCUACUGUCUAUGAUGACAUGAUGAAGAACCCACUUUUGGUACCACUCAAAAAGCUAACAGGUCAUAAAAUCAUAAAUAGCUUGGGUGUUUUAGAUGCCAUCUGGCAUCCAAGAGAAGCAUGGCUGUUCACAGCAGGCGCUGACAACACAGCUCGCUUAUGGACUAGCUGA